UUCCCGAUGUAGAUGAUACCUGUUUAAAAUUAUAAAUAAAAAAGGUAAUAAUACAAUCCUUUCCUCUGAACUACAAAAACGUAUUUUCAACUGUCAAACUACCUACCCUUCCCCUUUAAAUAAUUUUUGCAGGUGUUUUUCCAAAAUGGCGGCUCAGGAUGAUACUUGUUGCUGGAGAUAAAACUAAGUUUUCCUUGUCACGGACUACUGCCAUUUCAUGUCCGUAUGUAGUACAGCGAAAUAAGCAACAAUGGCUCCUCAUGUCGUUCGUGCAGACAAAAUUAUCUUAGUGACGAGAGAUGGCUUCUUCUAUAGAUGUCAAUAAGGGGGAGAUUAAAAAGAGUGCAAAGUAUAAGUGGCAACUUGGUCAUUGUUUAGGGAAGGGAACAUGCAGUGUGGUUGUUGAAGCUGUAGGCACAUUCUACUCCAGAAGCAUAUGCAGACAUUCUCCUCCACGAGUUCUGAAAGGCGCUGUCAAGAUUUUCAAACAAGGACAUCAAUUUGAGCAAGCUGCAACUAAUGAAAUAGAAAUUCUAGAGUAUUUGAAUCGUCAACAGGAAUCUCCCUAUAAACACUAUAUAGUGCCCUUGCAGGAUUACUUCUUAUGUAAAGACCAACUGCAUUUGGUUUAUGGGAAGCUGGAUUGCAAUCUUCAUCAUAUCUUAUUAAAGAACUCAGGGAAAGGUCUUCCUUUGUCUAUCAUUAAGCGAUGCUCUUGGGAUAUUGUGAGAGCUCUGAGUUUUUUGGCCACCAACAGGGUUGUUCAUGGGGACCUCAAGAUGUCCAACAUAAUGUGGAAUUCAAAUAGAGGCAUGUUUCAACUUGUGGAUUUUGGCCUCAGUUUUUUGGAGGAAAAACAACCUCAUCAGCCACUUCAGAGUCCUGGUUACCAAUCCCCAGAAGCACAAGCAUGGAACAGAUUAGUUGCUGAAGGUAUCACUCACAGAAAGAGCUCAAGAUGCUCUUUUGCCAGUGACAUGUGGAGUUUUUCUUAUGUACUGUGGUACAUGUACACAGGAAUGCCAGCACCCAGAUGUCUAACAGAUGAGCCAACAUGUGUCAUGUGUUUGCAGGAAGAGAAUUAUACAUGCUGUGGUAUGAAGAAUGGAGCAACAAACAUUUGCCGUUGUUUCAAGGAUGCUAACUGCUUGCAUUUCAAGCAGAUCAAGCAGGAAUUGCCUGAUGAUGAUAGAGAGAUCACACCUGAACAACAUGAGUUAUUUCUUGACUUCAUCAUGAGAAUGAUGAAGUGCCGACCAGAGCAGAGGAUAACACCAUUUAAUGCCAUGCAACAUGCAUUCUUGAACAGUUCCCCCUGGUGCACUCCUCAUAGUUUAGAAGAGUUUUUACUGCUUCCAACCAGAAUCCUUCAGCUAACUAACAUCCAUCUGGAUGACCUCUCCUCAGACUCAAGCUUUGUUAUCUGUAGAAGUUAUAACAGCCUUACAAGCAAGUGGAGUUGUGGUGGCCUAAUGGUUAGCGAGCUGGACUCUGGAUCAAGUGGUACUGGUUCAAGUCCUGGUCAAGAUGGGUUGAUGGAUGUACAGGAGGAGUGUGCUAAGUUUGGGGUUGUCAGAGGUUUCAAGUAUGAUGGUGAUUCAACUGUAGGAUAUAAGGUAAAUUGGCAAGUUGUUCAUGGCAGCAGCACUUUAAGCCGGGACAUGUGGUCUGCUAAUGUUUCUCCCAGUUUCCAUAACAUGAGGCGGCUAGGAGUAUUAAUAGUCCCGAUAAAUGAAAUGAAGGUCCAACACAUGUUGACCGUGACCAGCAUUUGGUCAGGCUUCCUUAACUAUAACUCAUUUGUACUUCAGGGUGGAGAGAGAGAUAGAGGCAGUGUUAUCGUAAAGUGUCUCUCCCACGUGAGAACACCCUUGGUUUGUAGAGUGUUUUUUGGCACGAUUUCAAAGUAAAUGAUGAUUUAGGUUCCUUGUCAUCAACAUUUCUUGGAAAGGGUUGGCAAGGAAACGAAUGUGAGCCAGUUUGCUGAAUUUCUUAGUGGCGCAGAAUUGUAAACAUCGUAGCGGUUUCAUUGCUUGGGUUCGCAGUUAUGCACACGACUUGUAUUCAUAAUAUGUACGGCCUGUGUUAUGAGUUUCUUAUUGCACUUCUCUGGUUUUUCAGGUAUAUGUUGAAUUCUCUGACGCUGACGAUUGCUCGCGGGCCCACAGUUCACUAACUGGGCGUGAAUAUAAUGGCAGGACAGUCAUUAC